CUUUCAGCGAUCUUGUUUAUUUUGUUUAUCGUCCCUCAGCACGUGAUCCUCACGCCAUAGAAUCCGAAUCAGACAUGGAUUUAGUUGAAGAAAGGCUUUCGAAGUCGAAGCUGUACUUUGACGUCGAGGUGAAGAAAUGGCCCAUCAUAUAUUCGAAAGCUUACAACAUUGGCUUCCUUAAAAUGGAGAAGCUCCAUCCCUUUGACUCUGGAAAAUGGGGCCGCGUUCACCAGUUUCUGAAAGACGGCAAAAUGCUGACAGAUGAUACUACAGUGGUUCCGUACGAGGCCACAGAAGACGAUUUAAUGGUUGUACACAGCCAAAGAUACCUGGACAGUUUAAAGUUGAGCUACAAUGUAGCGAGAAUCACAGAGGUGCCACCUGUCGCAUUUGUACCAAACAUGUUUGUUCAGUGGAGGGUCCUCACUCCAAUAAAGCACCAGGUUGGCGGAACAAUACUGGCGGGGAAGUUAGCGAUGGAGCGCGGCUGGGCGAUCAACAUAGGUGGCGGGUUCCACCAUUGCUCGGCCGAUAGUGGAGGUGGAUUCUGUAUCUAUGCUGACAUCACGCUAUGUGUCAAGUACCUAUUCGCUAAGGUGGAGCGCGUCAAGAAGGCAAUGAUCAUCGACCUCGAUGCACAUCAGGGCAACGGCUAUCAGCGGGACUUCAUGCACGAUGACAGGGUUUACAUCAUGGACGUCUUUAACAGCGGCAUCUAUCCACGCGACGAGAAGGCAAAGGAGAACAACACUGAUGGCGGUGUAGUAAAAGGUACAUACACGAUCUGGCGAGGCAGGAAUCCAAACAUCUUUCCAGCCACCAACUCAAAUACUCUUGCUAAUACCAGGAGGUGGAUUAUUAAGAACAAUAACCUCAUCGACACUGAGCUUGAGCAGAUAGUGGCAGCUGUCCAAACGCAAAAUAAUGCAUUGCAACCAACACUUAUCCCCACUGAACAACCGGAAGACCUACUACAACCCCCAGAUCCCGAGGCUGAACAAACACCGCAGCAUACGGAUACCCAUGAAGGUGAAUCAGUAGUGGAUAUGGAAGAUCGAAUCUCUACUAAGCUGCUUGAAACUCAGGCAAUCCCCCUGGAUCAACGCAGAAGCCUGAAAAAGGUUCAUCUCAACAAGGCAAUACGGCACGAUAUUCAAGCUGCAAAUCAGGCCCUCACGAAUAUCAUCAAAGAUAACCAUCUAUACUUAUCUGAAAUCAAAGAAUUAAUGUUGAGAUGGUUUACUAAGCAGAGUGAGCACUACUAUCAGAAUAAGCUCUUCCAUGAAGAUGCCAAAAAAUUCUACCGGCAUCUCAAUGAGCAGCAAAGCACCAUCAAGGAACCUCCCUCUCAAGACCAACUCGAUCAAAUUCUGGCGUGGAAUACUGGAAUAACGUACGAGUUGGUGAGUCAUCAUCUCUCUCUCUCUCUCUCUCUCUCUGUGCAGGGCAUCAUCCAGCGUGAUGAGCUGGUGUUCAGGAAGGCGCGCGAGCGUUCGAUCGCCAUCGUCAUGCUGACGAGCGGUGGCUACCAGCACAGCACCGCACGCAUCAUCGCGGACUCCAUCCUCAACCUGUGGCAGAAGAAGCUGAUCGCGCAGCCGGAGGCUGAGUUAGCCGUCGCAUGCGAGCGCCGCCUUUUGCGGCGGCCUACGCAACUGGCUGCGCGGCGACACGGCACGGGAUUGUUCAGCAGGCUACGCUUGUUUUGCUCCUCGCAGACCGCCGACAGCACGCCCUCUAGUGAGGAGUUCUAUGGCGUCGCAGCGGCGCGCACUCCGGGCGACCGUGACGCAUUCCGCUCCCCAGAGUGCACCGGUGAGACGACGGCAGAGAUGGUGGCUUCAUCUAUUGACGAUUCGCGGCGUGACGGAGGCGCUGCGAUGCCGCACAAGGCUGGGAGCAGUGUCGAGGCGAACGAAGCCACGCAUCCAUCUCAGCAUUCCGUUGCCGCGACGACGAUCAGCUCAGAUGUUGUCGCGGAAAUAGCUGCCACCGGAGAUGCUCAGCUCUGCUCGGGGGUUUCCCAUGGCUACGUAAAGCCCGGUGAGGUCAGGCGGGAAGCUGCUGGUGAUGCUGCUGCUGCUGCUCGUGGUGGUGAUGGUAAAUGUAAAGCCUAA